CUCUCUGCCUGAUUUCUCAUUCUGUCUUCCAUUGUUGAUUUUACAGAAGAAGCAAAUCAAAUCGCCGCUUCCAGGGUUAGGGUUUAUAGAAGAAGCCGAACCGCAAUCUGCCUGCCUUUGAAUCGAAGCUGAGAUGGCGAGAAUGGUCAGGAGAAUGGCUGCUUUCACAUUGGCUUCUGCUUCGAGUUUGGUUCAGACUCAUCAUUGCCUCGGGAGAGGUACUCUUUACACUUUCUCAGAUUGUUCCUCUGUUUUAAGUUGUCGGAGAUUUGCUUCUUCUGGUGUUGGAGACUACAGAGACAGAUUGAGAUUAGGGUUUCAUGAUUGUAAUGUCGGUGAGGCUGUUGCUUUGUUCGACCAGAUGGUUGGGACUCGUCCCUUGCCUCCCAUUGUUGAUUUUAGUAAAUUACUGACUGCAAUAGCCAAAAUGAAACGGUAUGAUGUUGUGAUUUCUCUUUGCAAGAGAAUGGAAUUGCUCCGGGUUUCACAUAACGGCUACACUUUGAAUAUUCUCAUCAACUCUUUCUGCCGCUCAGGUCAAGUGGUUUUGGGCCUUUCGGUUUUGGGGAAAAUCCUAAAACUGGGUUACGAGCCUGAUGUGGUCACAUUCACUACCCUGAUCAAUGGAUUCUGUAUACAACGGAUGCUUUCUGUGGCAUUAAUUUGGUUUGACCAAAUGGUACACGAGGGAUACGAACCUGAUGUUGUGUCAUUUACCACUUUGGUCAACGGACUUUGUAAAGAGGGGAGAGUUUCUGAAGCUGUGAGUUUAGUUGAUAAGAUGUUAAAGAUGGGGUAUCAACCAAAUGUAGUUACUUAUGGCGCUGUUGUCAAUGGGAUUUGCAAGUCGGGUGAUUCUGCUUUGGCUUUGAAUCUUCUCAUGAAGAUGGAGGAAAUGAACAUUGAGGUCAAUGUCAUAAUGUAUAAUACGAUUAUUGAUGGUCUUUGUAAAGGCGGACACAUAGAUGAUGCAUUGAAUCUUUUCGAAAUGAUGGACAAUAAAGGGUUUGUACCAAAUGUUGUCACCUACAAUUGUUUGAUAAACGGCCUUUGCGUUUUUGGUAGAUGGAAAGGUGCUGUCCUAUUGUUGAAUGAGAUGGUCAAAAGGAAAAUCAGCCCUGAUGUUGUCACUUUCAAUGGAUUGAUCGAUGCAUUAUCUAAAGAGGGUAAGUUUUUGGAGACCAAAGAACUGUACGAAGAGAUGAUACGAAGAGGAUUAGUUCCAGAUACUAUUACUUACACUUCAUUGAUCGAUGGGUUGUGCAUGCAGAAUCGCCUUGAUGAGGCGAGACGAAUGUUUGAUUCUAUGAUCAAUAAAGGAUGCUUUCCUAAUGUGGUAACUUUUAAUUGUCUGAUAAAUGGUUACUGCAAGUGUAACAAGGUGGAUGAAGGUAUGAAACUCUUACAUGAGAUGUCUCGAAGAGGGUUGGUCGGUAAUACAUGUACUUACAGCACUCUCAUACAAGGAUUUUUCCGAGCGGGCAAUCCCAAGGUUGCCCAGAAACUCUUUGGAGAGAUGCAGAGGCAGGGUGUGGAUCCUAAUAUUGUAACUUAUACAGUAAUGCUUGAUGGUCUUUGUAAGAAUGGAAAACUAGAUCAGGCACUUGAAAUGUAUUGCAAGUUAGAAACGAGUGGGAUUGACCUCGAUAUCUUUGUCCAUACUGUUAUAAUGAAUGGCUUGUGCAAGGGUGACAAGGUUGAUGAGGCACUCAGAUUGUUUAAUAAACUUUCUGAUAAAGGGAUUGAACCGAACGUAAAUACGUACAAUACAAUGAUUACUGGAUUUUGUGGAAAAGGUAUACUCAAUGAAGCUGACAAGCUGUUUAAAAACAUGAAAGAGGUUGGUUGUAUGCCAGAUGAUUGUACGUAUAAUGUACUGAUCCGAGCUCAUCUCAAAGGUGGCCAUGUUGCUACUGUUAUCGAGCUUAUUCGAGAAAUGAGAAGCUACAGUUUUUCAUCACAUGUUUCAACAAUGGAAAUGGUUGUUGAUAUGUUAUCGGACGGGAGAUUGGAGAAAAGUUUUUUGGAUCUUCUUUCUCGGUGAGCCGUAACGUGGAGGUUGCUUUCAGUCAUGGAAGUCGUGUGACAACGAGUAUGCUGCCAUUAAAGGGUUUUCCUCGUAGAUUUCCAAAUUUCCUCACAGCACUCUGCCAGGAUCCUUUUCCUCCUCUCAGGGAGAAAGAGGCCCUAAAUGAGUUCCAGGAGGUCAAUAGCCAUAUUGCUGUUAUCUUUAUAUAUCUAAACGAGCCGAAGGAAUCUCAUGAAACAAGUGAGGAUAUUGUCAAACACAGAAAGAACAAAAACAAGCACAGGCACAAGCUGUAAGGGAACGAAAACAGGGCCGAGCAAGCAGCAGAAGACAGAUUCAAUAAAAAAGAACAUGUGGAGGCUAUGGGUUGGUUAUUCAGCAUCUUUGGUUUUAGAUAUCUUUGCAGCUGGCAGUGAUUAUAGUUAUGAAAUGGCGUCUAAUUGAUUUGGUCGGAAUAGUUAUGAUGUGUUCUUCGCAGAAGUUUACUCUGUUAAUCCACAGAUGUCCAAAUGGUUUAUGAUCUGAGAGGCACUGUAACGAUUGUUAUGGAGAAAGACGUCUAUGUUUCAGACAUUCAUUGCUUUGUGUUACCUCUUGACAUAAUGAUGUCUAUUUAUGUAAAAUCUCAAUGAUUUUCUUGGCUACAAAACCCAAACUAUGAAAUCCACAUGCCUUUUUAUUA